AUGCAACCACUCGUUUGCAAUCUAUCUUCAUCAUUGGCUAGUUUGCAAAUAUCUACGGCCGUGAGAGCCGUAUCCCGCUUGCCAACCAAACGACUUACCAGCCCUCUGCUCUCCCUGCACUAUUCGCAAAAUCUUAGUAAACGACCGUUUCAAAUUGCAUCCUUACACACAUCCUCACCUCUCAAUGCUGGACGCAAAAGGAAGCCUCCUAGCAAUCCAUGGGCUAUAGCCAAAGCAGCUGAAAAGCGGGGGAAAGUUACGGCGAGGAAAGAGGAGUUACGGAAGAUUCGACAGGACGCAGCGUCUGAUCCUGUUGUAGGACAUACGACUCCCUUUCUUGAAGCAAUGGACUCGAGCCCUGCUAUGUUACCACCAAUAGAUCAUCUCGUCCCAGCUACCGAUGCGCAUGAAAGACAAGAAGCCUUCGAGAAGGCCAUAUUCGAAGAACGACUUGGCCGUUUAAACCAUUACCUGCAACCGGACGAAGUUAAGAUUUCUCUUGCAAGAUCCAAAGCGUUGGAAGACCCACCCCUUUACGCUGUAACGGAAAAAUCUGUCUUACAAGGAAAAGAAAUGCAUCUGAAGGCAACAGCUGCCAUGAACCGCAUUCUCUCUCUCAGCAAUGGCUCCUCCAAAGACAAAACAAGAGCAAACAAAACUUGGUGUGUCGAAACGUUUGGCCGUCACAUCACAGAUGAGAAAUUUCCUCAACCGAAACACCCGUCGAUAGCAUCGAACCCCGGAACCGAUCCUAUUAAAACUCCACGCGUUGGUCGUGAUACUGGUAGCAGUGAAGUCCAAGCCGCAUUACUAACAAUGAAGAUCAGAACCCUGGCCCAACAACUUGAAACCAACACACAUGAUAAAAUGAAUAAGCGGAAUUUACGUGUGAUGGUGCACAAGCGGCAGAAGCUGCUGAAAUACCUUAAACGCAAGGAACGGGGAGGCCAGCGGUAUCAGUAUGUAAUGGAAAGUCUCGGCCUUGAUGAUGCUGCCAUCAUGAAGGAAGUUUUUAUUUGA